AAAGAAUACGAGAAACUGGAUUCUGAGGAUGAGCGUCUGACCCGAAGCCGACAGAUUUAUGACACAUACAUAAUGAAGGAGCUUCUCUCCUGCUCACAUCCUUUCUCGAAACAAGCUGUAGAUCAUGUACAAACACAUUUAGCCAAGAAACAAGUGCCAGCCAGCCUUUUCCAGCCAUAUAUAGAAGAAAUUUGUGAUAGUCUCCGAGGAAAAAUAUUUCAAAAAUUCAUGGAAAGUGACAAGUUUACUAGAUUUUGUCAAUGGAAAAACGUAGAACUAAAUAUUCAUCUGACCAUGAAUGAUUUUAGUGUACAUAGAAUAAUAGGAAGAGGGGGAUUUGGUGAAGUGUAUGGCUGCAGGAAAGCAGACACUGGAAAAAUGUAUGCAAUGAAAUGUUUAGAUAAGAAGAGAAUCAAGAUGAAGCAAGGAGAAACAUUAGCCUUAAAUGAAAGAAUUAUGCUGUCUCUUGUCAGUACAGGAGACUGUCCUUUUAUAGUGUGUAUGACCUAUGCCUUCCACACCCCUGACAAACUCUGCUUCAUUCUGGACCUGAUGAAUGGAGGAGAUUUGCACUACCACCUCUCCCAGCACGGAGUGUUUUCUGAAAAAGAAAUGAGGUUUUAUGCUACUGAAAUCAUCCUGGGCUUAGAACACAUGCACAACCGCUUUGUUGUCUACAGAGACCUGAAGCCUGCAAAUAUCCUGUUGGAUGAACAUGGGCAUGUCAGGAUAUCAGACCUUGGACUGGCUUGUGAUUUUUCCAAAAAGAAGCCCCAUGCUAGUGUAGGUACCCAUGGAUACAUGGCUCCCGAGGUGCUCCAGAAGGGAACAGCGUACGAUAGCAGUGCAGACUGGUUCUCCCUAGGCUGCAUGCUUUUCAAGCUUCUGAGGGGUCACAGUCCUUUCAGACAGCACAAAACCAAAGAUAAGCAUGAGAUCGACCGGAUGACGCUCACCGUGAAUGUGGAGCUACCAGAUUCCUUUUCUCCUGAGCUGAAGUCCCUUUUGGAAGGGCUCCUGCAACGGGAUGUUACCAAGAGACUCGGAUGCCAAGGAAGAAGUGCACAAGAAGUAAAAGAGCAUCCUUUCUUCAAAGGCAUUGAUUGGCAGCAAGUCUAUUUACAAAAGUACCAUCCACCAUUGAUUCCUCCCCGGGGAGAAGUAAAUGCAGCAGAUGCUUUUGAUAUUGGGUCAUUUGAUGAAGAGGACACUAAAGGCAUUAAGUUGCUUGAUAGUGACCAGGAAUUGUAUAAGAACUUCCCUCUGGUAAUAUCGGAGCGUUGGCAGCAAGAAGUAGCAGAAACUGUUUAUGAUGCAGUAAAUGCAGACACAGAUAAAAUUGAGGCCAGAAAAAGGGCUAAAAAUAAGCAGCUUGGCCACGAGGAAGAUUACGCGCUUGGGAAGGAUUGCAUCAUGCAUGGAUACAUGCUGAAACUGGGGAACCCCUUCUUGACUCAGUGGCAGCGUCGUUACUUUUACCUCUUCCCAAACCGACUUGAAUGGCGAGGAGAAGGAGAGUCGCGGCAAAACCUACUGACAAUGGAACAAAUAGUAUCUGUUGAAGAAACACAAAUUAAAGAUAAGAAAUGCAUCUUACUGAGAAUUAAAGGAGGAAAACAGUUUGUCCUACAGUGUGAGAGUGACCCAGAAUUUGUUCAGUGGAAAAAAGAGCUGACAGAAGCUUUUACUGAGGCACAGAGGUUGCUGCGUCGGGCUCCAAAGUUUCUCAAUAAAUCUCGCUCAACAGUUGUAGAGCUUUCAAAACCGCCACUCAGCCACAGGAACAGCAACGGGCUGUAG